UGAAAACGAAAGUGUUUCUGAUGAUUUACUUAUUUCUGAAACUUUUGAAGAUUAUUCUUCGCCAAAAUAUAAACUAUAUCAAGAUGAAGAAGAGUCAUUAACGAUCGAUAAUCAAUUUACAUGGAUUUUAUUAUGGAUAAUGAACUUUUGA